AUCGAGCGAAACUAAAUCAAUCGGUUUAUAAAAGCUCUAGACAAGGUAUUGCAUAAUACAUACGUGUUUUACUAAAGCUUUAUCAAAAUAUCCAAAAACAUAAGUUAUUCUUACGGCUUUUUAUUCGUGUAUUUACUUUGGUUUUCAUUCGUUCGAAAAAUAAGUUUCUUUAGUUGUUUGAAAUAUCAAGGCAGAUGUCGAGUAUAGCGACUGAAUCAAGGUUGACGGUAGCCAUUUUUGUAGAGCAUGAGUAAACGUAUGCUUGCGAUAACUGAUGGGUCGAGUUCGCGGUCACGUAGACGCAGUAGAUCGCCAGAAAAGUCUCCAGAUUCAGCUCCUCGAAAACGUAAGAGCAGAUGGUCUGCAGUUGAAACAGAUCGGAUUUUUAUACCUGGUAUGCCUACUCAGCUGCCCCCAAAUCUUACACCGCAACAGGAAAGAGUGUACAUCAUUCAGCUUCAAAUCGAAGAUAUGUCUAGACGCUUGAAAAGUGGAGAUUUGGGUAUCCCUAAAAAUCCGGAAGACAGAUCCCCUUCACCGGAACCUAUAUAUAGCAGCGACGGUAAGCGCUUGAACACAAGGGAAUAUAGGACCCGCAAAAAGCUGGAAGAUGAUCGUCACGCACUUGUACAACAACUCAUGGAAAUUAAUCCUGAAUAUAAACCACCCUCUGACUACAAAGCUCCACAGAAUAGAAUAACGGACAAAGUAUUUAUCCCCCAAGAUAACCACCCGGAUAUCAACUUCGUUGGGCUCUUGAUUGGACCGCGUGGGAAUACGCUUAAGGCACUAGAAAAAGAUACGGGCGCAAAAGUAAUAAUUCGCGGAAAGGGCUCUGUUAAAGAAGGCAAAGUUGGAAGGAGAGACGGACUUCCUUUACCUGGUGAAGACGAGCCUCUACACGCUUUCAUCUCAGCACCUUCAGCCGAAUGUGUAGACAAAGCAGUUAAAAAAAUUAAUGAGAUAAUAAGACAAGGAAUUGAGAUACCAGAGAGCCAAAACGAUCUUCGAAGAGCCCAGUUGCGCGAGCUUGCUUUACUUAAUGGGACAUUGCGUGAGCACGAAGGUUUGAUGAAACUACGUGCAAUGGCCGAAGCCCAGUCAAUUGCUACCAACAAAAUCCAAUGUGGUAUAUGUGGAGGUGCUGGACAUCUGUCAACCGACUGCAAAGCACUGUUGGGUGGUCAGGCAUAUCUUGAUCAGCUUAAUGCCAACCCCGGUGAAAGAGCCAAAAUGGAUAGCGAAUACACUGCAUUAAUGGCGGAGCUCGGUGUAGGUGGUUCACAAGGUUUGCCUCCCGGUCUUAGAGGCUUUAAUGCUUUACAACCACAACCUACCCGUCCGACUCGUCAGCCCCCGCCUCCUGGUGUUGCAGCUUUUGAUGACGACGACGAUGGAGACGCUGGAACAAAUUGUACUACUGCAACAACAACUUCAACGGUCUCAACCACGGUUUCUUCUCCCAACCAGUAUGCAUUUGCUUUGCCACCACCACCCCCUCCUCCCUCUCAGUAUGCACCUAUGGUGACACCUGUUACUCCAUGGGCGACUCCUGUAGUCGUACCACCUAUGCCUGGAUAUCCGUCAACUGCCGCCUAUCCUACUUCCGGAGUCCCCGCAGUUGCAGGAGCCUAUUCCGAAGUGCCAGUUGCAACAAAUGGUGGUUCCUCAUUAAACCAUUGGCAUCCCUCCGUCCCUGGAUCAGCUUCUUGGGGCGAUAGCUCAUCACAAGUACCAGGUGGUGUACCUGUUCCCGGUACAGCAAUGGUUCCUCCCUACUACCUGCCCACACCUACGGAUUACUGGGCAGGUUAUGCGGGAGGUUACGCAGCUCCUGUACCCAACCCACCCCCUCCUCCACCACCACCUGGAGUCUAGAUUCAUUAACCGUCACUAUUCACUUGCAGCCAUAAAACCGAAACAACUCCCUGUACAAAUUCAAGGCAUAAAUGGCUUUAUAGCAUCACUGAUUUAUGUUUAUAGAAAUCAAGCUUGUUUAUCAUUGUUCUAACAGUUUCUGUGCAAACAUAUUGAUUCUAUGAAAAUUGUUUAUUUUCUCAUUAUAUCUGUUUGAU